CAUCUAGACUCGGAUAACUGGAACUUGCGCCAGGACUUGAACGAUGUCGAACAGACGAGACAGAGCCUGCUGGCCAGGCUCAGGGAGCAAGAGAAGCAGUGUGACCAACUGGACAAGCAGAACCAAGAGAUCCGGCAGGAGAACCUCAAGCUCAGGAGUAGG